AUGGCCUGUUUCAACCAGGAGGUCACCGAGCCCCUCUGCUGCGACUGCAUCUUCCCCGCGUGUUGGUCUGCACCCUUCACACCGGAGAUUUGUUGUCCGGUCAAUAGCCUUGCUCAGCGCUUCUGGCAGAACAGCAGCAUCUCGGAUGCCUUCGAAAGGCUGUGCCAGCCGCAAGCGGUCUUGAAGUGCAUGGAGACGUCGGGGGCGUCCCAAAUCAAUGGCCAUUUCAGGCCGAGGCUGAUUCACAGCGAGCCCUGUAGCACGAUGGCAGCUGUGGUGGAGCUACUGCCUUCAGAGUGCACCACGCAGCUUCCCAUGGCGUGCCUGCCCGGCUUGACGUGGGCGCGCUGGCACGCCAUCCUGCAUGGUGUGGAUCCGCAUGCAAGCGGCUGGACUCGCAGCAGUCGCCAGUGCUGGAAGGCGUUGGCGGAGCUGCGCAGAACCUAUAAGCAGAUGCAUGCCGUGCUGCAGCUGGACUCCAGGAUUUCAGCUUCUUUUUUCCAUCCUGGAUAUAUGCAGAUGCAAAAAGACUGUUCCAGACUUCGGGCGCGUGAGCUGCGAAAGAUGCUUCCGAAGGCAGCCCAUGCCUUUCGAUCCUCGCGCUCCGAAGAGCGACUCUGGGUGAAACAGCGACCCCGUGUGGGUGUGGUGCUGGCGGUGGCGCAGCAUGAGGCGGCCACCUAUGCGCAUGUGCUCAGUUUGUGGAGAUGUUACUGUGCGAGACACGGCGAUUGCGAGGUGGUGGUCGAGUGGAACAACUUUCUAAAGGCAUGGGACUAUCCGACAGUGAGCAGCGACGAGGGGAGGAGGUACGGCUUGGCGUGGAACCGGUGGUUUGCCUUACAACGCCAUCUGGAGGCCUACGAGUGGGUUUUCACGGCAGAUCCAGAUCAGUUUAUCUCUCAUCAGUGCUUCCUCUCCUAUUCCUUUAGCGAUGUCUUGCGUGAGGCGCAGGUAGCGCAGACGGCUUCGGAGCCACCCGUGAUCGUCAUGAGGGACUUCCCCCACUUUCAUUCCUUGAAUUCCGCGGGCGUGUUCUUCAGAGGAUCCGAGGCGGCACGACUCUUCCUGUCACUGAUGACCAGUCGAAUGUAUUGGCUCGGAAUCGCUGAUUUCGACCAGACAGCCUUUGAUCAAAGCAUCAUCGAGUUCCUGGAUCUUUGGAGAAAUGCCAAGGAAUCAGGGUCCGACUUCUCACAUAGUGCCAAGUGCGUGCGCUUUCAAACGCCCUUUGUGGAUUCUCACGCGAUGACCGACAUGUACUUGGGCUGCUGGCAUGCCUUCAUGCAGCAAAACUUUGGCCCCUUUGGUGCGAGAGGAGGAGAUGUGAAUCCGGAGGCUCCCGUGUGGUUCCUGAAUCCGGAGCGAGUAGAUAUCAACUAUGUCAUGGGUGGCCGUGCAACAGAUGAUGACCCGUUGGUGUGGCACCUUGCGGGGAAGUUGAAAUCUUUGCCCAACCACAGGGGCGAAAAGUUCAUGGAUGUGCUUCUCAAGGACCUGUGGCACAUUCCCGCUGAGAGGCGAAUGGGCGAAGAGACCUGCAGCUGGUGGGAGAGCGUGGCGGAGCAGAACGCCUCGCUCUGUUCUCCCGGGACCAAAGUUGUCGUGGGGUUUAAUCACAUCUUCCGUGGCAAGGGCUACGGUGGUGGAAUGGGCGACCAGAUCUACAUCCAGGGCCAUGCGGCGCCUGGAGCCUAUGCCAGGGCAUAUCUGGAGGGUCGACUGGACCUGAACCACAUCAUGAACUUCCGACAGGAGGUUGGCGGACAAGGCUUGUCAAGCUAUCCUCAUCCUCGGCUGAUGCCAGACUUCUGGGAGAAUCCCACGGUGUCCAUGGGCUUGGGACCGUUGCAGUCCGUGUGCCAGGCGCGCUUCUUUCGCUAUCUCCACCUCCGCGGCCUCGCAGACACCUCUGCCAGUCGCGUGUGGUGUUUCAUCGGGGAUGGCGAAAUGGACGAACCUGAGACCAUCUAUGCCAUUGCUCGUGCGGGCUACGAAAGGCUCAACAACUUAGUGAUGAUUGUGAACUGCAACUACCAGCGCUUGGACGGCCCGGUCCGUGGCAACUCCAAGGUGAUCCAAGAGUUUGAGGGAAUUUUUCGCGGAGCAGGGUUUGAUUGCAUCAAACUCAUUUGGGGCGAUGCUUGGAACGACCUGGUCGACAAUGACCACGAUGGGAAGCUCAUCGAGGUCCUGGAGCGCACGCCCGAUGGCGACUGCCAGCGCUACGCGGCCAAGCAGGACGGUGCUUUGAUCCGGCGAGAGAUCUUCGAGGCCAACGGCUUGGCGGACCGCGUGGCGCACUUCUCGGACGACGAGCUGCUGUCGGCCUUCAUGCUGCCGGGAGGCCAUGAUCACAAGAAGAUCUACGCGGCCAUGUCCCAGGCCGCCAAGAACGCUGAGACGGGCGGCCGCCCCACGGUGAUCUUGGCCAAGACUUUAAAGGGAUUCUCCUUGGCGACCUUCCAGGGCCGCAACACCGUCCAUCAGCAAAAGAGUCUGAAGGUGGAUGAGAUGUUGAGCUUUCGCGAUGUCCUGGAGAUUCCCCUAACAGAUGAGCAGAUCAAGAAUCCGCAGGGGGGUGAGUUCUUCAGGAAACCAGGGCCGGAUUCUCCAGAGGUGCAGUACAUCAUGAACAACAGAGAGAAGUUGGGUGGUUGCUUACCGCUUCGCACUCCUGCCAAGAUCAGUGGCUUGAUCGACUUGCCGGACACCGAGCUGUUCAACCUGCGCCUUGGGCGAAACUGGGGACUGGCAUCGUCUGGCUGA